AAAAUGAAAGAUACGGGUUCACAAUAAGGAGCUUCACCCAGAUCAUGACAAGAGAACACUUGUGUUUUUGUUAGCUGAGGGGACGAUGCUUGAGUCUCGUCAUAGGGAACAAUGUAGACAGAAAGAGUCUGUUCCUACAACGCCUUCAGCGACCUAGCCGCAAAGGAUCAGUUCCAGAUUUCAUGAUCUUAAAAGUCUUCUGAUAGUAUACCAGGGCCCUUAGGAUAUCACAAUGCUUGAAUGAAUAUCAGGGGUUCGUGCAAGUCGAUAGCGCUAAGCAAUAGUUAGCAUUACGCUCUUGGUCCGUUCGGAGACCGUAAUAAGGUUAUCUGACCGCGCACGACCUCGAUCCAAAAGCAACGACUACAAUUGUCCACUUUGAAAUCUGGCGCACAUAUGCCGCGAAUAUCAAGAUGGUCCUCUCCUUCAUCCUAAUCCAAAACCGGCAAGGUAAAACCCGCCUCGCAAAAUGGUACGCCCCCUACAACGACGAGGAGAAGAUAAAGCUCAAAGGCGAGGUUCACCGCCUAGUGGCUCCCCGAGACCAGAAGUACCAAUCGAAUUUCGUCGAGUUCCGGAACAAUAAGAUUGUGUACCGGCGGUACGCAGGCCUGUUCUUUUGCGCGUGCGUCGAUGCGAAUGAUAACGAGUUGGCGUAUCUGGAGGCUAUACAUUUCUUUGUCGAGGUGCUGGAUAGCUUCUUUGGGAAUGUGUGUGAGCUGGAUUUGGUGUUUAACUUUUAUAAGGUCUAUGCGAUACUAGACGAGGUCUUCCUUGCGGGCGAGAUUGAGGAAACGAGUAAACAAGUCGUCCUCACACGAUUAGAGCAUCUGGACAAGUUGGAAUGAUUGCGUAUUAUGAAUGGCAGGUUUGUUUGCAUACUAGCAUUGCAAUGUUUGGCGUACGGCGUUGAGCGAAGGGCAUAACAUGGCGUUCAUACCGAAUCACAUUCAAAGUCAAGAUGUUCAUGAUGCUAGUUGUAUUGUGGCUUCUGAAGUAUGGAGAAGCUUUGAUUCGCACCUACAAAUCUGCUGAGCUGCUCCCAUAAAACUCAGCAAGUUGUAUUUCUCUCUGUGCUCAACCUUUGUAAAGAAAUUACAGUCUACGAAGUAUGUUGGUAAGUGUCUGGC